AUGAAUGAUAAAUUGAACACCACACUAUCUCUUUUGAAGAGAAAAAUUGACGGACAACGUCCCAAAGAAGCCUCAAAUUAUAUCCAAAAUUUGUCCGGUUGUUUCGAUGAAGCUCUCACCAAUUCUGAAAUUGAACUCGCCAUCGAUACAAUAUUCAAUGUAGAUCGUGGAACAAUCGCCCUCCUGUCUCAAACCAUCCAGUAUGAUAAAUUGUUCAAGCAAUGCAACAUUGAGAUCUUUCAGUUGCAUCUGAAGAUCAUCCGGGAAUAUCCUGGGAAAAUGACGAGAUAUGUCACUUCUGUGAUUCAGUACACAACGAAAUAUCUCAUUGCUGUAAAUGUGAGCGCUAGAGAGAAGGAAUUCUGCAUGCAGAUAAUCCAGGAAUUGUUCCUCAAGAAGCUCUGUGAUUCCAUUGACUUUCCCACCGUUCUCGAGAAGCUCUUUCGUAUUUUCAACGAAAGUGAUCCAGCAGCAAGAUUGCAUCAGUUGACCUUUGAGGUGGUGGGAUUAAUAUGCAAGGAUUUUGCCCAUCAUAUGCUUGGGGUGUACCAGGAGCGUUUCCACAAAGCAAUUUUCAAGACACUCGACCGAUUGUUGGUGAAGAAGGAUAAGAUUUCCUUGGGAACCGUUGCGGGAGCUAUUGAUGGUCUCAAUUGCUUCCUGAUUAACUUCCCUCCCAGUGGAGAGGAUGCCACGAAGGAGUGCGACUACAUCUACAAAUGCGUAAAGGAGUUGUCGGAAGUUGGGGAUAUUCGGGAGAAGGCGCUCUUCAGGAGUGCCAUGCUCCUUCUCACGUCGCACACAAAACUGCUGGCUGAACAGCUAAUCCGGGACUACAAGUACUGGCAUGAGGCACUGCAGAAGUGGUUGCAGUUCACCUACGAGGAUCGAAGGAUCGCCAUAAAUGCCAUCAAUGCUGUUCACAAGCAACACGCAGCAACACUGAUUGAGAGAUCCAGGCCAGAGGAUGUGGAAGUGCUGCAGUUCUACUUUAAGUACUUCAUGAGUGUGCUGAGAAUGUCAAAUGCACAACCACAUGAGAUCCGGAUUGCAAUUCAAGGAUUUGGUCUCAUGGCGGGUCCUUGCAAGGCAAUUGUGUCAGCUGAACAGAUGGAAGAUCUCCUGAAUCUUGUUAUCCAGGCCACGGAUCAUUCGUACUUCACUGAGAAGAUUAACAAACGCGAGCACAUGGAACAUAUGGCGGACUUUAUGGAGUCUCUGAGUCAAAUAAUGGCUCACAUGCCAGUGAUCUCGCGCUACCAAAUUGAUUCCCUUGAGAGGAUGAUGAUUAAAUUUAUAGAAGACUUCCAUUUUCUCUCAUCGGCCCAUCAUGAGGUCACAAUUAAAGCUCUCCUGAACACCUGCGUGAACCUUUCCCAGCUCGAGGGAACAAUCUUCAAUGAUGUCCUCGAGAAAGUCACGAAGCAGGGUGUUAUUUGGACGUGUUCCCACAAAUUGAUCUACGAUGCAUUCAGGGAUGAGAAUGAGCAGGAUUGGAAGGAGAAUAUUACAUACAGAAACUACCUGCCUCUCUGGAAGGGGAUCUUCAGUGCGGGAAAACGCCUUCACUACACAAAAGUCUCCGAAAGUUUCUACGAGAACUUCAUAGCGGCCACAAUUGGGAUCAUAAAGAAACUCAAUUUGCAGACAAAAAAGCGCACGUAUAAGGAUGAAAAUGGCAAAGAUGAGGAAUUCACAUUCUGCGAUCCAAACAUCGAUCUCACACCCGUUGUUCCCAAUGAUUUUAACAUUUUCUUCAAUCUUGUCGAUUUAUUCCGCGACGUUGUGGGUGCACAGACGGUGGAUCAUCAUCGAGAGAACUUCCAGCCGUGGAUUCAGGAGUUCUGCUCUUUGAUCCUCAUUAAUAUGCAGAAAUAUCCACUUGUGAGUGGUUUUUCGAAGCUCCUGGAGCUCGUUUUGAGCGUGGCGGAGAAGAUUAAGUUCUUUGAGAAAGAUCACAUGAGAGAACGCUUUGAGACACACAGCAUUGUCACCUACUCGAUGGAACUCCUCAUCCAUCGUGCUCAAUUCACAUCGGGGGAAUUGCAAAUUGCUUGCUUUCAGGCAAUUCUCAAUAUUCCAAUGGAGAUCGCAGAGACACUCCUGAAGGAUUUGAGGGAAAUCCUAAAGAUGGCUUUUGAUAUUGGCAAGAGUAUUCUCUGGCUGGCAAAUAGAGCUCUCACCGUUCUCUUUAAGAUUAUCAAACGGAAUCAGGGGAGUGAUGAAGUGAAGGAGAUCCUUGAGAGUGUCCUGCCGUGCCUUGAUGUCUUCCUACAGAGUAAGGGUUUCUCCAAUCCAUCAACGCUGAGUGUUGAGAUUGUACGUCAUCAGAAUCGUCGGAAAAUCCAGAAGAAUUUCCGUCAUGUUGACACUGAUAGUGAGCUGCUGAAGUUCCAGAAGAGGAUUUAUGAUUUUAUCGGUUUCAUUGAACCCGAAUUGUGCCUGUAUUUGCUCAACAAUAAGAAGCACAUGGCAACAAAUCUCACAAAAUGGGACACAGAUAGUAGCAUAAAGCUCAAAAUUCACUGCACCGACGUGUCGCCAAUAGUCUGCUUGGACCCACUACUGCCGCGCAUCUUCCAACUUGCGCUCUCUUCGAGCGAUCGCAAAGUAAAGAUCAGCGCUUGUGAGCUUCUUCAUGGGAUUGUGCUGUACAUGAUUGGAAUUCCGGUGCGUAGUUCGAUAAUUUGGAAGGAAAUGUGGAGACAACUCAUCUAUUUGGGAUGUGAUUCCGAUGUUGCUGUUCAGCAGAUGUUUGAGCCACUUCUCAUGCAGAUAAUGCACUACAAGGCAAAGCCAAAUCAAGAUGGGAUUAAUGAAUUGCUCGAUGCAAUUAUGGAGAAUCUCUCUCACCCAGCCAAUGCUGCUGUACGUGAUUUGGCUGCACGUUGCCUUCGGGAAUUUGUAUCGUGGACACUGAAGCAGAGUCCGCAGGAUCAUCAGAACCCCUUCCCGACCAAUUUAAUCAAGAUUGUCACACAAUUGGAGUUUUAUUGUUGGAACUUUGAUGUUUACCACCGAUUGGGGGCAUCGCUGGCCUUCAAUAAUCUCUACAGGAUCCUCAGGGAGGAUGAGAACUUCCUCAAACGGUAUUGGAUUAAAAUUGCCUACUUGUUCUGCACAAAUUUGCGACUUUGCAUGAAGUCCAGCAGGACCCAGAAUGAAGAUAUGGCCAUUGAUCAAGCUUCCAUUGCUCUCGAUCACAUUGUGAGGGUUCUUUGCGAGAGAAGCGAUCUCUUUGUCACUGCAAAUGAGGAGAGGAUCAAACCAAAAGUACUCGAGGAGGCAACACUGAAGCAUCUCGCUCUGUGGAUUUUCCACGAAUGUGGAUCUCAUAGUAAAGUCUAUCGGGAUAAAUGUACAGAGAUCUUCAUGAAGAUCGCUCCGCAGGUAAAGGAGUAUGCGUCUGUGAAGAAAUUCCUUUCAGAUUGUGUGAAAAAUGAUGAGAUUCUGGCAAUUUGUGAGGGAAAUGUAGACAACGUUGGUAUUGCAAUGCAUCCAGACUUGAAGCACAUCGGGCCAAAAGAGCCUUUCCCCAUGCAGCUCAUUUAUGAUUUCAUUCUGAGUCUCAUAACUGAUUUGGACAAUCAAAUUUGGCUCCUUGGUGGAGAUUUAAUCACUCAACCCAGAGAGAUUGUGAAGAAGAGCAAGAUUUUCUAUGCUAUUGAUUACUACUUGGAAAAUAUUUGCUGGAAGACUGACUUUGAGAUCCUUCAGCUGCUCAAAAUUGAGGUUUUCACUGAGGGACAAAAUGUUGCUGAUAGCCUGCUCAGUGGGGAAGUUAUGUUGCAAAUAGCUAGUGCAAAGGCGCAACUGUCGGUGAAGUUGAUGGAUUUCCUCACAAAAGUCCUCCAAUUUUGUUCUCAGGAUUUUCCCAGAAGUUUCUGGAGAACUGAGAGUAAGAUUGUAAAAUUCAUCGUAGACGUAAUUUUCCAGCCACAGGAGUUGGGAUUGGAUUUUCGUCAUACAGGACUCGAGGAGGGACUCCCAAUGAGGACUGAAAUGUGCCUGAUGCGUCUCAGGAGGGACACUCCGAGGGAAUUUAGUCAGCAAAUUACAAUUGAGAUUGAGAAAGAAUUGACGGAGGGAUUGAAGAGAGUCACAGAUAAAGUCGAUGAGGUUGUUUUGGGGAAUUCUGUCAGCACUGCAGACAUCCGGACAGCAAAGGGCAUUCAAAUUGUCUGCAAGUAUGUUACGUUGAGCGCAUCUGCUCAACGAUUCUUCAAUGCUUCCAUUAAUGUGCUCAUUUUGAAGCUUUUCAAGACGUUAAGUACAAAGAAGGGUGAGGAUCUGUAUACAACAGUCAUGUCGAAGGAGGUCAGGGACUAUAUUAGACUACUCCUUGGCAUAGCAUUCCAUGCGUCAGACACUCUUGUGAAAGUUCUGGACUUUCUCUUCAAUGACGUCCAACUUAAAAGUAUCAAUACCUCAGAGAAGGGCUUUAUAAAGCAGGGAGAGUACUUCCUUGAAGUCUACCGUGAGCAGGUUCUCACGAAUUUUGUCAGUCAUGCUGAACUUUGUCUUGAUCACAUCAUAAGAAAAGCCUCCGUGUCGAAUCUUCUAACAGUUUGUCGCCUAAUUGUUGAAAUGUGCAAAUUUAUCUUCACAAAAGUCGAAGAGAGGAGCAAUGGGAAAAUCCUUGUGGACACCUUCAUAACUUCCUGGCCCACCUUGUGCCAGGUUUUUGAUGUGUGGAAAACUUCUUACAAAUUAGCUGAUUUGCACAAAAUUGAACUCAUUUCCAACAUCGCCAUGAUUAGUCCGUAUCAACUGUGGGAGCUUAUGAAGAAGCUUCCGGAUUUGGAGAUGUGGAUUCUUAGUUUAAUCUCCAACAAGGACGUCUCGAAGGAGGUAAAAAUCCACGCACUUGAACUUCUACCCAUAAUCACGGGACCAAAUGAUGCGAUUAAUGAGAAGCUGACAGCAGCUCUUCACAGCUUCCAAGCAGCUCAUCUGCCGCUCAUCUCUUCAGAAUUCAAAGCUGAAAGUAUGGAACGUGCAAGCCUCGUUGUGACCUUCAGGACCAUCCUGGAGGCACUAGUUGCAUCACAAUCGCCGAUCCUCCUCAAAUUUAUUAUUGAUGCAACUGCUGGGGAUAGGAAGCACAUCAUGGAGUACGAGAUUAAGAUUCAUCUGGAGAAGUAUGUUCAGCACUUGACGGUUAAUAAUCAGGUUGAGUGUCUGCAGGUCGCAUUUGAUGUAUUCAGUAACACACAGUUGGAACCGAAUAUCCGUCUUGUUGUUAGUCGUAGAUUCCUCAAGACCAUGAUCAGAGCAUGCAGAAAAGUAGCUCUUGUGACAUUUUACGAGAAGAACAUCAAGAAAGUUGUGGAAAUGUCUGAUACGAGCUUUGGUAUGACUGGCAGGGGAUGGGCCGUUGAACAGGCUCUGGUAAGUCGUGCUGGAGCAUAUGAGAUGAUUGAGAGUCUCUUCAGUAUGCUUCCAAGGGAUCUUCUCACGCCCGUUAGCUUUGCCCUAAUGGGAACGCCAGGAACGGACAUUGUGAAACAUCUAACAAAGAAAGCCUUUAAGGUGCGAUCGGAAAUCUUCCUCACGGAUGACGCAACAGCAGCAGAAUUCUACAGGAAGUACCAAUGCAAUGCGUAUUCUGCUCUCUGCAUAAUUGUUAGCAAUACGCAGAAAGAGUUAAAGUUCUACGAUGGGUUGCUGUUCAAGGAGGAACCUUCAAAGAGCGAAUUCAUCUGGCAGAGGAUCAUCAAUUGCAAAGAUGAGAAUUUGUACAGCAAUCUAGAGCAGGAAUUCCCUGAUUAUCCCAAAGUGAGGGAUCUCAUGGUGUCCAUAAAGCGUUUAGCGCGCAAAAAUGAAGGAGAAUAUCUCAAGUUUUCCCACACAAACAAUGUCUUCAUGUCAUCCCUGAGUCAGGAAGUGACGAAAUUUGAUUUCACUCAUGCGGCAAUUCGAAGUGCUGAAGAUGUGGCCAGACGAGAGGAUGAUCAGGUGGAAUUUGCGAGUGUUCAGCUGGAGAAUGAUGAUAUCAACAGGCACGAAUUAAUGGCGACUCUGUGCGCUUUGAUAAAUCACAUGUUCGACGAGCAAAUCACCCCAAUUCCCGCAGAUCCAUCCACGAGGAGAACAGCCCCACUGUGGGUGGAAUACAUAGCGAAUGCCAUUGAGAGUAAGCAGCAGCACAAGAAUGUGAGGAUUUUUCUCUGCAAACUCGUCGACAAUUGCCGCAGUGUCUUCAAGUAUUACUGCUGCGUCCUCAUGGAACCAUUAAUGGAAUUCAUCGUGGAUGAAUGCGCCGGAAGUACCCUCAAUUCCUUCAUAACCGACCUCGUGGCUCUUAUUCUCGAAUGGGGUGAAAUCUACAAGCCAAACGAUCAUACAAAAAACUCCGCAUCGCGCUUGUUGGGCUUUCUCAUGCGAAACUGCUACCAUACCCGGACGGAGAUCUUCAAGCUCAAUCUGGAUCUCAUUAAUCGCCUAAUACACCAAUGGAGGGAUUUUGUGCAGAUCCCGAGACAAAUUCUCUAUGAUCUUGUCAAUCGAAAUGGCAGCAAGGAUUCCAAGGAGAACAUUUGUGGACUUCAAUUGAAUGCAAUUGUUCUGUCGAGUGGAAUCAUCCCUUGGGGGGAUACUAUUAAGAUAAAUUACAUAAAAGCUCUCUUUGUGUGCCUCGACAAUGACUACAAAAUCAUCUAUCAGUCUGCAGCGCAUUUGCUGGGAAUGUGCCUGAAGCACAUAAAUCCCGAAGGGGAAAUUGAAGAUGAUCAGUGUUCGUUGGAGCUGAAGCAGAAGAUUGAAAUGAUCAAGCGAAGCAGUGAGGAAAAAUUCAUUUAUAUCCUCUACGGGGUUCAGAAGAAUUUCCCCAAAAUUCUGGAGCCUUUCAUGGUGAUAAUUGGACAUCUGGCUCCCAAUACUUAUGGGACGAAGAAGAAAAUUUGCCUGGAGAUGUUUCUCAGCGGGAUGGAAACUUACGGCAACACAAUCUUCAGGGAAUUGAUCACUCUGGGCAUUCGGGACAUUCUCAAGGCGACUGAAAAUCAACUUCUAGGGCUGCACAUGAUCAAUAAGGCAACAAAGAGUAUGACUGGUGGGGAAAUUGCUCAACUCUCAGACGAUCUUUUGGCUUUUGUUGAUAACAGGAAUGUCGAAUGUCGCGAUCUAAUGUACGAAAUCCUCAUAAAUAUCGUGCAGAUCUUCAAGGAGCGUGAUGAAUGUGAGACGGAGGUGUACAGGAAAUUCCUAGCUGCUCUCCUAAAUGGGCUAUCGGAUGCAGAUACUGACAUUCAGAAUCGCAUUUUUACCUUCUGGUCAAACGAGAGGAAUCUCUCACAGAAGCUCUCUGAGAGAUUUCUAGCAAUCCUGAAGGAACUCUACGAUCCAAAGGCUGAGAAGCAUUUCCUUGAGUACGCUACUCAACUCCUCCUGGAUCUUCCUGUACACAAUGCAAAUUCCAAGGAUCAGCUGUUCAUUAAUCAAAUGGAAAAUGAUCACAAGCUACAGGAGUAUGAGAUCAAUGUGAGCUGGAGAUCAAAGUCAAAUCACGCCACGAUGCCACUUUUUGUUGAAUCCCAGCAACGACAGGUGAUUGUGGGGAGUUCCCUGCAAAUGGGACAGAUGCUCAAAGCAACGGCUAGUGAGGGGUUUUUCCAACCAACACAGGAACCCACAGCGAUCACAAAGAUCCCAGAAACAUUCUCCCUCAGCACGGGGAGUUCACUCCUAUUUUCACUUCCACCACAAAUGCUGGACAGGCAGUCGAGGCAUGUUCAUGGAGCACCGGAGAGUGGUGCAUUGAAGCCACCGCAGGGGAAUCUCCGGAAACGCUUUAUCCGGGACAAGGAGAAGGUGCACAAGGAGCAUGCGCUAAAGGUGAUUGAGAGGAAGAACUUUGAGAGUCAGAAGCGCAUCAAUACGAGACGUGCAAAAGAGAAUGAAGUUGUGCUCUUUCGACGAUAUAGAUUUGGAGAUUUCCCUGAUCUCCUUAUCAAUGGCUUGGCCCUUCUUCUACCUCUGCAGGCACUUGCAAAGAAGGAUGCUAUAGUUGCGCGGCAUAUGUUCAUCUCUCUCUACACGGGCAUAAUAACCCACAAUCCGGAUCAUGCGAAAACUUUCCAAGAAUCCGUAAGUUCCUCCAUCAGUGCCAUCCUCAACGUGUCGAAGAAUUGUGAGGCAAUUGUCUUUGCCACCUUCAUGGAGGUGGCUCUGAGUGAUCCACUGCUUUUCAACUUCUCCCCGGAUACGGUUGCCAUCUCCUCAAUUGCCAGCAAUAUGAUUCCCUGUGCAGCACUCUACAUUGAAUGCUGCUUGAACAUCCUCUCCACGCAGGCGAUCACGAACGACGACCUAAAGACAAACAUGUGGGUGAAGUUGGCGGAAUUGUAUCAAAAUAUCUCCGAGAAUGACAUGGUUUGGGGAAUUUUCGCCGAUAAACUCCAAACGGAUUCCCGGUUGACACGGGCACUAGAUUGCGAGGCUCGAGGUGAUCUUACAACAGCCCAAAAGGUCUAUAUAAGUCUUCUGGAGUCAGAUAAGCAGAUUGAGCAGAAUUUCUGCUAUGAAUCCCUCUACAAUUGCUACACAAAAAUGGGAAAGUGGUCAGAAUUGGCAACAGUGGGGAGGAAUCAAAUUGUCACGGGUGAUGAUGAUGAGACAAAUUGGGAGGAAUUGUGGACAGAUGAUUGGGAUCAUGAGAAUCUUCUGCCGUGCCUCAUGAAGGCAAACAUGCGCCUUAUGCUGGAGGAGAAGAGUGAAUGCCAGGACUUUGUGGAGGUCCUGGAUGGAUGGUUGAGAAUCCCCGAGAAAGCAAAUGUACUCAAGAUGAACUUUUCCGAAGAGUUGAUCAUGUUUCAAGUUGCAAAUGAGGACUAUCGCUCAGCCCGGGUGCUGUCUGAGCACAAUUUCAUCUACUUCCUCUCCGAAUGGGGACACCUAAGUAUUCUGUCGGAUAAAUUGCGUUCCGAGAAGCUCUUCAAUUUGCGACGUGUAGCUGAAAUUCAUCGCUGCAUUGAGAUUCUCCUGAGUGAUGGUGAGAAAAGUGGACGAGUUGAGGGUUUGAUUGAACAGUGGAGAGACUCCCGGGUCAACUCGAAUGAUUCCCUCCUCAUGUGGGACUUUCUCAUUGCAUAUCGAACAUUUUUUGGGGGGAUCCUGAGAAGGGAGUACCCCAAUGUGAAUGAAUGCAUAACGGAGAUGAAGCUGAAGCUCUUCAAUACAGCAAUUCAGCAGAGAAAUCUCAAUUUGGCAUCGUGUACGCUGCAAUCUCUGCAGAGUCUUCAUGUGGAGGAAAUUGAGAAGAGUGUUAAAGUUCAAGUGGCUAAAUGCAAGCUCAGAAAUCUCAAGAUUGAGACUCGAAAUCCAGCGGAAGCCUUCGAUGCCUACCUCCAGUCUUCGGUGGAAAUCAACAAGAUCAUCACAGUGGACACAUUCAAGGAGUACACUCCUGAAUUGAGGCUUCAUAUUUACAAUGAGAUGAUUGAUCUUCUCAAGAAAGUCUCCACGUGCGUCCCGAAGGUUCGCAUUGAUGAUGAGCAGAAGGAGAUAAUUCACAAUCUAACCCCCAAGAGCAAUUCAACAGAUCUCAGUUUGCGCCUCGAGGAGCAAAUUUUGCCGUUGCUGAGGAAGAAUGUUGUCGUGGCAGAAGAAAUCUCCGAUUCAUCUUCAUCGCUGGCAACGUCAAAGAUUCUUGGGGAUGCCUACUACCGCAUGGCUACAUUCUGCUACAAUCGCCUUGAGGAACGCGCCUCGGAGAAAUUGGAAUAUAAUUUCAUUAUUUGCGUCUUCCGUGGUAUGCGACACGGUUCCAAGGAAGCACGAACACUCUUCCCAUCAAUGCUCGACAGGAUGAGUCUCACGGGAGAUUCCAAAAAUGCGACUCUCUUUAUGCAGGAAAGCAUAAAAGUGCCCGAAUGGAUGUUUAUCAGUUGGAUUCCACAAAUUCUGGCUAGAUUCAAUUUUGCCGCUUCCUGCAUCCUCGAUAGGAUCCUCGUGCGUCUUGCUAAAGCUUACCCAGCUGCCAUUGUUUACUCCUUCAAGCUCUCCUACAGCCAAUACGUGGCCUCUCAGCAUCAUCCGUUGCCCAAUCGAAAGGUGGUGACAGAGAUUCUCAAUUUAAUUCACAAUCCCGCAACGGAACGCUUUGUAUCAGCCCUGUCGUGCCUCUGCCUCCCAAAAGUAAUGCUCUCCACGCAUCUCACGAACUUUUCCAACAAUCUUGUGACGCAGGGAAUGACGAUGAAUGCCAAAAUAAGGGAAAUUAAUGAAAUUUUGAGGAUUGUCUUCUGCGAGAACACGGAGAAUCUCCAGGGAAGUGCCUUCAGGCAAAUUGAGAAAUUCCAUCAACCCAUCAAGGAUCUCCGGAAUGAAACAACCACAACGGAGAUCGUGAAUAAAGUGAGAGGAAUGAUAAAGACACUGAAGAAUGAGAUUGGUCUGGAAAUGCAUGAAAGUAUUGACAUGGAAAAACUCUGCCCGUGGAUGGCACACUGCAAUGCUGCGGAGAAUAUGAAUUUGGAACUUCCGGGGCAGUAUACGGGCGAUGUGAAGCCAAUAGUGCAGCACCACACCAAAAUUGCGCGAUUCCAUUCGAAACUUCAGGUAUUCCCAUCCCUCCGGAAACCUAUGAAGUUGACUGUGACAGGAACUGAUGGGAAAGCACAUGAGUACCUCGUGAAGUAUGGAGAAGACUUGCGGCAGGAUCAGAGAAUUCAGCAAUUGCUGCACCUGAUGUCGGAGCAUUUGCAUUCGGAUGAGCAGUGCAGGAAUCACAAUCUCUUCAUUCAAACAUACCAAAUUAUCCCGGUGUCUCAGCAAUGUGGCAUGACAACGUGGGUACAUGGUACGGCCAUUAUGAAGAAUUUCAUCCAGAGAUCCCUUCCACAGGGGCAGCUUGAUAAGAUUUUGGGUGGAGUUUUGGGGGAAUUUAAGCGAUACUUCUCCAUCACUGAGGGUCAACUGUAUUCGGACUAUGGGAAUAUGGUGACACAAAAUCCCCGUAGGAGGAUUAGGAAGAAAUUCAUGGAAUUGCAGCGAAAGAUCCCGGAGGAUUUAGUCCGGAAAGCUCUGUGGGACAUUAGUGUCUCACCCGAGUGCUUUUUCGUGCUGCGCAACAACUUUGUCAAGAGUUUAGCCACAAUGAGCAUUGCCCACUGGAUUCUGGGCAUUGGUGACAGACAUUUGGGGAAUUUGCUCUUGAACACACAAAAUGGCUUUGUUGUUGGGAUUGACUUUGGUGUUGUCUUCGGUGGAGCCACAAUCAAUCUAUCUGUCCCGGAAAUGAUUCCCUUCCGUCUCACACCGAAGCUCGUGAAUGUGAUGAGCCCAUUCGGGGAAUCUGGCCUCAUGAAGAAGUGCAUGAUUCACGCCCUGAGAUCCUUCAAUAUGUGCAGUAAAUCAAUCAUGGCUUGCAUGGCAGUCUUCAUCCAGGAACCCACAGUUAACUGGAUGGCUGCUUUGAGGAAAGAAGCAGACAACAUCUCGCCAAAUGAAAUUGCACAGUGGAACAGCAAUAGGAGAAUUAAGAUUGCAGAGAAGAAGCUACAGGGAUGGAAUCCAAGAGCACUAAUUGAGGAGGAGUUGGAUAUGUCUGUGGUUGCCAAGGAGGGAGCAUAUCUAGAUGGGUACAAAAAUAUCCUGCGAGGAGAUGAGGAGACGAAUAUUCGGGCCAAACUUCCGGAUUCAAAUCUUUCCAUUGACCAGCAAGUGUCGUGCCUACUCGAUCUGGCCACGGAUCCCGCGAUUCUUGGUGCAAGCUACCUCUACUUUCUCCCAUGGAUUUAAUUUUUAUAAAUUUCCUAUUUUUAUUCUUUCAUUUUAACAUUUUUUUGUAAUAAAGUAAUUUUCUUUU